CAACUACAAACGAUAUUUUUAACUUUGUUCAGAAUAGAACUUCAUAAAAGUGAUUAUAACCUUUAAUUUUCAUGCGAAUUCGCUUUCAUUUUACAUCGUGCUAUGUGGUUGUAAGUUCAUAUGAUUAAAAAAGAAGUGAAUAAUAUCAAACCUUAGAUUAAGUAAGUGUUUGGUGUCUGUGAUUUUGAUUAACAUCCAUCGGAUAUGAGUUUUAUGUAAAAAGUCAAGAAUUAUCACGGAAAUGUAGGCUGCACGUCUAGCGUCAAUAAAUUUUGGACUUAUUUGAGGAAUUCAACAUGCAGAUGAAAAUGGGUAGAUUAUGAUUAUUUUAUAAUAUUUUGAGAAAUGAAUACAAAAAGUCUUAAAAACAAACCACCAAAAAAGAUGAAAUCUGCUAAGGAUAAGCAUGAAGUAUUUGUACUUCCUCCAGACCUUUUGAAGAAACUUGGUAUUAGUAUCGGAAACAUAAAUGUGAAUGAAGUAAAUUCUUCUACAUCUGCCACAGAGCUGCCCCGCACAGAAAAUAUCAAUGAUGGGUACCAUGAAACUAUUUCAGAUCGAAAUUGUAGUCAGAUCCUAUCUGAUACCUCUAUAUUGGAAACUGCAUCAUUAAUGAAGAAAUCGGUUUUCUUGAGCCCUACAUUUGUUCCAACCAUUGCUAAUGGUAUUCCCGAAGAAAUCAAAAUAACAAACAAAAGUUUUGUUCCAGAAACUGUUUCUGCAACUAACUUGGUAGUUCCUGAAACUGUAAAUUCCAUUGAAGUUUUGGAUGUCUCAGUUGACACCACAGAAGAAUGUCUCAACAGACACAAUACUGAUUUACAUUAUGAUAUUUCUUUCAAUGGAGUACAAACAUUGCAUAUUGAAAAUGAUAUGGAAAUAGAAGAAAAUAUGAAUGUGGUUUUAGAUGACCAUACAACACAAAUAGCAAACAGUAAUAUUAAUUCUUUGAUUGUAGACCAAUCGUUAGAAAUUAAUGGUGAAACAAAAUUGACAAAAAAUUCCAUAGUUACAGAUCCCAAUUUAGUGUCUUACAAUCACUCUGAUAGUGAAAAACCUAAAUCAAAUCCACCUAAAAUCAACAUUAUUUCUGAAGAAACAAUACCCCUUUCAAAGCUUAGAGAAAUAAAAUCUUUAAAAUUAUGUAAUGUGAAAAAUUUAACCCCCAUUACAGUGCAAUCUAAAAUUGAAACGAAAACCAAUCACGAUAUCAGUAAAUCUGCAGACCAGGCUAAUAAUUCAACCAUUACAGUGCCUUUACAAAAUAAAAAUACUAAAACAACUUUAGUUAUAGAAGACAAUGUUGAAAGUAUUGAUAAAUGCAGUCCAAAUUUGGAUAGUAAUCAAUGUACUCAGACUGAAGAAAUAAUAAAUAAAGUAGCAGAAAACAUCAUAGGUGUCUUUGAGGAAACUGAUAAAUACACUAAGAACAAAUCUUUAACAAAGGAACCUAGUAACAACAAGAGAAUAUAUUUGGAAAAAGAAUAUUCUAAUAUUGCUAAGGAUGAUAGUAAUAUUAUAAAAUCAGACAAACCACCAGACAGUAAAUCGAAUUUUGAAACAGUGACAAAAAUUGUCACUGCAGUUAGAGAUAAAAAUGAAAAUAUUUUCCAGAAUUGUAAUGGUAAGACUGAUGAGAAUGAAGAUUCCAAUUUAGAUCAAACUGUUGAAACCUACAUUGAUGAAAAUCAUAAAAAAAUUGAUAAAGAUAAUGUGGGGACAAAUAUUAAUGCACAAACUGAUACUGAGCAAAAACAUGGCAAGGAAUCUAAAUUUAUAUUCGAAUCAAAAUCUACAGUUAAUAAAGACACAGAACAUUUUGAUUCCAAACAUACAGAAUCUAAAGAUAAGAAAUCAGAACAAGAAUCAGAAUCAGAAUUAGCUAGUAUUUUAAAUGCAACAAAAACAUUGCCAAAUUCUGAAAGUAAAGUAGACAAAGUAAAGGAGAUUGCUGCAUAUUUAAAGAAGUUUUCACACAUUUACACAGACAAAAAUAAAUCAAAGAAAGCUUUUAGUAAUGCUGUGAAUAAAAAUAAAACUAUUAAAUUAAAGACAAAUACCACUGAAUCUAAAUUGUGCAUUCAAGGAGUUGAAAAGCCUGGUGGAAGCAAAAAAGAUAAAGAACAUACUGGUGAGUGCAAGGUCGUUAAAACCUAUGCUAGGCAAAUUCUUCCAAAAAAGAGUAAUAAGUCCAUACUUGAGUUGCAUGAGAAUAUAAAACAAGAUGUGGUGGUGGACCUGAAAUUGGAUGCAGUAAAUAUUGAGACAUCUAAUAAAAUCCAGGAAUUUUGUUUAUGUUAUGAUUUCGGCCGUUUAGCUUAUUAUGGCAGUGAUAACUUAUAUGAACAUAUACAUUUUAAGAAUAAUAAUAGUGCUAAUUGUGAAUUAGCUACCAUAUUUUCUAUAUAUAGUGAUGAGCCAACUGUAUAUACAAAUGAAGGUGAAGUAGAUGAAGAGGAUAAGACUGAAGAAAAUGUAGAUAUUUCUUUUUGUUGGAAUAUAUUUCAAAAAGAAUUUUGUGAAAAUGAUAAUGAUACAGAUCCAGAACUAUUAGUUCAUAAUUGUGUUGUAGAUGAAAUAAAUGAUGCUUCGUCUAGUGACAUUCACGGGUCACCAGUUAACAUUACAGUUCCGGCUACAAAUGAUGGAAUUGUGUCUGAAAAUCAGCCGGAAGUGCAUAUUGUAAAUAAUUGUGAUAUUAUUUUAGACACCAUUGACCAUGAUAUGGUUGAAGCUGAAACCAAAAACUUCAAUAGUGUUGUAGAUGUAGACAAGCCUUUGAGCGCGAAUGUCGAUGAUGACAGUUCUGCAGACAGUGGGCAUUCAAGCACAAAACAGGGAAAUUCUCAAUGUAAUGAUAUGCCCACUGCACCCCAAGCAAAACCUUCAGAGAUAAGUAACACCUCGCCACAGACGAUCAAACAUGAUGAGAGUACUAAGGAAGUUGCGAAAACUUCUGCCAAGGAAGAAAAAGUUGCUGCAGCUAAACCUAUUGAAAAAAAAUCUCGAAAGCGAAGUUUCUUUGGUAAAGAAAAGGGCGCGCCGUCUUCAAAGAAGAGUAUAAAGUGUGCGAUUUGUGAAGAUUUGUUUUCUCAAGCAGAGUGGGAAGACCAUGUAGCCAACGAGCAUGACCUUAUCGCUUGGAAAGUUGGUGGUCGUAUUUAUUUGGACGACCGAGAUCUAGUGCGCAAGUUAAAAGUCAAGUUGAAAGCCGAGGGCAAGUUGGUGUGCAGUUUAUGCGGCAUGACAACAAACAGAUAUAAUCGGUUUAGCGAUCAUGUUAAAUACUGCAUACAGAAAAAGAUGUCAGGGGAAAGCGAAAAAGUAGAGAAACCCUCGCGAAAAUCAAGAGCGCCUUUGGAAGAAAAUGUUAUUUGUGGUGUAUGCGAUAAGACUGUGCUGUCGGAUAUGUGGUAUGGUCACAUAGGCAGGGAACAUGACUAUAUGGCGUGGCAGAGAGGAGAAACUCCUUUAGAUGUGUCAAACGAGUCCGCAGUAUGGGAGCACCUGCAGAAUAUAAUCAGGACUAAAGGAACAUUGGUUUGUUCGAAGUGCGGGUUUAAUCGCAGCCGCGUUAAGUUAUUUUUGGCUCACGUAAAGAGUUGUGAUGGUACCAGGCAUUUACUGGACGAUUCUGCAAUGAGUGAGGACUUGAAUGCGUCAGUUUCUGAUGAGACUACUUUAGCACCGUCAGGAGGACAGAGGACCUUGAAGUGUGGAGUAUGCAAAGCGGAGGUGAUAAACUCGGCAUGGAUAGACCAUAUAUCUAAAAAUCAUAACUAUUUGGCCUGGCCACAAGGACAGACCCCUAUGAAUUUUGAUGACGAAGAAGUAGUGUGGAGUCAUUUGCAGCAGUUUGUGAGAAGGCACGGUGGACUAGUGUGCCAUAAGUGUGGCAUCGUACGUAAACGAGUCAAAAUGUAUUUGAGUCAUAUUGAAGAGUGUGAUGGUUCUACUAAUAGCCAAGCGGAUAUUUCGUUAGCUAACGAAAGUUUGAAUACUACAACUCAGUCAACUGAUGGUUGGUACGAAGUAUCAAUAGUGGAGGAAGAAACCAAAAUCAUUAAAUGCGGAGUUUGUAGCGAAGAGGUUACAAUCGUGGAUUGGAUUAAUCAUAUUAGCAAGGAACACCAUUACCUGGCUUGGAAAGAUGGUUGCACUCCAGUGAAUCUACAAAAUGAAUCUGCAGUCAAACUACAUCUGCUCGAAAUUUCUAGACAGAACAAUGGUUUGCAAUGCGAUAAAUGUGAGAAAAAGAUCAAGUACCCUAAAGUGUAUUUGCAGCACAUAAAAGAGUGCAAUGGUAGUGCGAACAAGUCUGUAUCGGAAAACGUUAACGUUAGUUGGAUUGAAGAUUUCACAAAAAAAGAAAUUAAAAACGAGAUUUUAACUUGCGGCGUGUGCGCAGCUCAAGUGGAAGGUUCUGAAUGGAUCAACCACAUAGGAACACUUCAUCAGUACUUGGCGUGGGUUGAAGGCCAGCCACCUAUUGAUCUUGAUAACCAGGAAGCUGUGCAGCGGCAUCUGUACGAUAUGAGCAAAGCGUUGGGAGGGCUGGUCUGCCAGAAGUGUGGUGUUAAAAGGAAGUACGUCAAGUCGUUCCAGGAGCACGUGGCCGCAUGUGAGGGGAAAAAUAAAUAUUCUGAUGUCUCUGCGGAGUUGAUGAGUAAAGAGACCAUAGAGUGUGGUGUUUGUGGGAAGACAAUGCCUCCCAAAGAAUGGAGGCCUCACUCCAUGGAAGAACAUUACAACGUCGCUUGGGUGGUUGGAGAUCCUCCCAUAGAAAUAAACAAUCCUUAUGCAGUGGAGAGUUAUUUAAAAGAAUAUCAGCACAUUAACCAUAAGCUAGUUUGCAAGGUGUGCGGUAUCAGUAGAGUAUCUUACGUCGGGUUUUACGCUCACAUUAUUGUGUGUGGGAAAUCUGAAAAGGAAACUGAGAAAUAUAAAAGCAUGUGCGACAUAUGCAAUAAUAAGUAUUUGCGCAUAUACAAGAGUCAGCAUAUGACUAUGCACAAGGAAAAGGAACUGGCGAUAGAACGCAAGAUAUUAGCAGCGAAAGAGAAAGAGAUGAAGAAAGAAGAAGAAGUAAAUGACAUCAUUCCGACUGGACGCAGGAAGGCAGCAGAGAAAGCAAAGAACGUGAUUGAAAAAUAUAAAAACAGUCUUCAAUAUGGUAGCCAUCGAUGCACAAAGUGUAAAUUUAGUACUGAUGUUGAGAAAGAGUUGUUGGAUCACGUUUGUAUGGAUAAAUGGGAGGAUGGUAGUGACUCGGAUGUUUCUGUGAAAAUGGAAAUGUGUUCCGACGAGGAGACAGACUCUGAUUCUGAGACCGAGGUCGAUUCUAACGUCUCUGAUGAGGAACUGGAAGCACGGGAGGAACUCAUAAUGAAGAAAAAGAAACACUCAGAUAGCCACGCACAAAAAAUAAUACGUUUGCCAUACCAAGUGAAUAAUAUUAGCGUUUACAUGAAGAAAAGUACUGAAGAAUUUAAAGAGAAGUAUCUAACUGAUGAAGUGUUAUUCCCGAUGUGGCAUAGCUUUAUGAUAGAGGAAGUACCAGAGAAUGAGAUCGUUAAUUACAUGCCGCCUCUUGAAGAGUCGUGUAAAGUAAAGUUUGAAGAAAACCAGGAUUGGAAGACCUUCAAACGAUUUGAAGCGCAGAGCACCAAAGAUUUCUUAGUAAUGUUCGUGGGUGCGAGUAUUCAAGCUAUAUCGUGGGCACCAUCGACCCCUGAUACGGAGAUAUCGUGUGGUCAGUCUCAGUUCCUGGCCGUGGCGGUGCACCACGGGCCGGAUGCGCCACGGUACGCUUGGGACACGACACCGGUGGGAUCCGGGCUUGUGCAGAUAUGGGACUGUGGGAACUUGAUUACGUCUCCACCACGAUUUGUGUUUGGUAUAACGCACGACUUUGGUACAUUCUGGGCCAUUGACUGGUGCCCGUCAGGAGUGAGGGAUGUUUUUGAGCACUUGCCCAAUACUGAUAAGAUACAAAGGCUCGGCUUGCUCGCUGCGGCGUGUUCAAAUGGGAUCGCUUACAUAUUUGCUGUACCAUAUCCAUCCACUGUAACAGACAAGGAACAACCUUUUUAUAAACUGAAGCCGGUGGUUGAACUAAGAUUAACGAAUGGAAAUAGAAAAGCUUAUCAGGCUACUGCUAUUAAAUGGUCCAUUCAAAAAGGACAUUCUCAAAUAAUAGUCGGAUAUGGCGAUGGUACAAUGGCGUACUACGAUUUAAGUAGUGACUCGCCUCUACUACGAGUUGUAGAAAAUGACAUCACAGUAUUUUACCCCUACCACGAUGAACGCGCACAAAAUUCCUGUAUUGAGGAUUUGGACAUGUACCCUGGCGGCGGCGAGUGUACGCGGGGCGGAGGCGCCGUAUGCGGGGGCAGUGUGAGCGGGGCCGGCGCCGGCGCCCUGCAGUCCCACGUCGCGGCGCUGCGCCUGCUGUACCCGCCGCACUGGCCCGCCGCCCUGCUCGCCGGGGACGACUGUCUCGUGAACCAAUCUAUCAACGAGCUGGAGUGGUGGGGCGGAGGGCGGCGACUGGGCGGGGCGAGCCGCGCGGCGGGCUGCCAGUGGUGCGGCCGCGUCGUCGUCGCUGCGCCGCCGCUACUCAGGCUGCUGAGGCUGCAUCCCUGCUUCCCCGAUGUCCAUAAACAGGUUAUAGGAAAGUUCCAAAUGGUUCCACUUGGAAAUAAACGCAAGCGUCAGACAGACGAGUUGUCGUUAGUAGUGGAGCCGCUUACGUACGCCGAGUCCGUCAAGAAGUACGGCCUCGAGUUCCAACAGAUCACUUCCAAAGAUCGGUCGACACAACAGAAGUUGUCUGCAUUACCACGAGAGGCAUUCCCCGAGCGAUUCCCGCUGUCCGACGUGGCGGCCAUGGCAUUCUGUCCCAUCCUGAAGCAGCAUCAAAAGAUAGCCGUGGCCAUGCACGCCGGUUUCAUCGUCAUCAUGAACGUAUGAUACUCGUCUACACAUAGUACCUAAUCUAAUAAAUAUUUAUAGGAAGAAACCGUUAUAAUUACAAUAUCAUACUAAACCCGUCCGAAAUUAAUAAGCAAUCUUGACCCAAUUUUUGAUAAUCUAGAUUGACGUUUUCAGUUUAUAAAUUAGACGAAGCGUUUCAAUUGCUAAUCACUGCGUUGAUUUUUGGUGCUAUCUAAGAAUAAUAUUUGGAGAUAGAGAUUGUGAUCCAUUAUUAAUUUCGGUGUAGGUACAGCUCAGCAUUAUAACGCUGACCAAUAUUUAUUUGGCAUCAGAUUCAAAUUGAGUAACCUUUCGGGUGACAGGGGUGACUCUUUGGAUAAGACUAUUUAUAAGAUAUGUAAUGCAGUGUUACCGAAAUGAGUGAGUGAAUGACAUUAAUUUAUAUAAUCGUAAGUUCCUAAAUUGGAAGAAUGUGUGGUUGAUUAUCUUUGUGCUAUGGUGUUUUUUUAUAUUAUAACUGUAUUUAAAAGACUUAAGUCUUAUAAUUACACUACUCGAGUGACACAAAGCGUUCGAUAACAAAGUUCGGUAAGUAGUACUGGCCUGUCUAUAUGUAGUAGUGUGAGUCAUUACACUGUCAAGAUGAUGCAAGAUACGUGGCGAGUUUAAUUCUUGUAUCAGUUAUAUCUGAUCACAGAAGACAGUUAUCGUGAAUGAAUGUUAUAGGAUAUUACCAAAGAAAAAACGUAGAAUGUAAAAACCACACAGUAAUCGUUGUUAGCGUUUUCCAGAAGAAAUAAGCAAACAGUGUUGCCGAAAAUCUCAUGUUUGUUGGGGGUAUUUUAAGUGCUUCCAGUACGUUAGGUAGAUUUGCUGUAGCAGCUUGAUAAAGACAUUCAGACAUAAGAUUUGAGAUACCGGCGCAUGAUGAAAUGACAGAUAACGUAAGUUGGUACGCAAAAAUAGCCAGAUAGGAAGAUAUAAAGCGGUUUCUAUUGGCUAUUGAUGGGUUAGGCUUGGUGGAUAGCGAGCUGUUAUGUCCAACAUAUCAUGCGAUGGACGUUAUCGUUAUGAGUGAUUACUUUGUUUGUGACCGAUAUGAGAAACGUCACAUACUAAAGAGAAAAUAUUCAUUUCAAUGCCGGCACUGACUAAUGGUUCCAUAGGCUAAGCUUAGCGAAAGUUUAGUUUUGUUUUAUCGUAAGGACGUAAAACUAUAGAAGAUUACUAGCGCCGGCGUAAGGGCCACCACAUCUUGGGUUAAAAUAUUGUGGCGGCCGAAAUAAUGUCAAGUGUUAGUUAUUUGCUCAUCCAAAGUAAACUGACAUUAAGAAUUCCGUCUUUUUAAAAAGAUUUAAAAUGUACACAAUCGUAAAAAGGUCAGAAUAAGAAAAUAAUGCGAUAAAAAUGCUCCUAGAUAGGGCUUGCACCAGGGGAAGCAGGAGAUCUCAACUCCAGACCGUGACGCCCCCGGUAUUUGUCUGUAGCCCUUUUAUUGAAAUAAAUUACAAGGUUUAAUCGAUAGUUUUAUAAGUUUUACCGAAAAGGAUGGUAAAAAAACAUUUUUUUUAUGUGAAAUUGUAUAAUAUUGUUAACUUGUUUGUGAAUUAUCGACUGUAUAACAUAUACAUAUAUUUAUUCUUACGUCUGUAUAUAUUCUUCUCUGUAUAUAUUUCUUUUAAGAUCAAUAACAUAAUUUUAAUCUUUUUGUGAUUAAAUAUAAAUGUAUUCUUGCAAUAUUAUGUUAUUAAAUUUAAACUUAUUUUUGUUUUUAAAAGUUGUCGAUAGUCGGAUGAUUUUAAACGCCGCUAAAUGUUUUAUGUAUACAUAUAUUCCUAAGUUGUAUUUAUUACCUUAUAAAUAUUAUUUAAGGAUUUUAAUGUUAUGUGAAAUCACAUAAAUAUGUAAAUUUUAUUUGUGUUAUGUAUAAAUACGUAUAGGUUGGAUAUCCGGUCGCUACCUUACUUUGAUUUUGCUACAAAAAUAAUAAUGUGGAUAUACCUUUAUAAAGAAAAAAACCUCUAAGAUAAUGUAAAAAUGCAGUGUUCUUUACAUUAUGAAUAAUUUGCCAUCAACACUGCAGUGAUUUUAUUAAUUUAAUCAAGUAAAGGUAUACCCAUUAAAUAUUUUGAUUAAAUAUAAAUUGAAUUCGUAAAAACAGCGACCCUAUACGAAACCUAUAAAAUGUUGUGUCUUUUUUUAAACUUUUUUAAGUUUGUGGAUAGUCUGUGAAAAUAGUUUUUAAUUACUUUCUGUAGGUAAUUACUACAAUAUACAUAAGAUUGCAUUUGAUUAUUUAUUGUUAAAUAGCAACAUUUUAACAACGAAAGUAAACUUUAUUGGUAUUUAUGGUGGUGUCAAAGUGAUUUUGUUACCGUGAAUGGAUGUGAAAGUUGUCGUUUGGCGGAUUCUCGAACUUAAUAUUAACAAUAGAAGUAUCAAAAUUGUUAAGUUUGCGAUGACGCACUUAUUAACACAUACGCAAGCUCUACGACAACGCGGAGAAUGCGUCAUUGAUGACAAUAUUUCUUCAUUAUAUGUCCUUUUUCACUGACUGUAAAUAUAUUUUCCUGUCUACUGUUGGUAGGUUUCAGUUUUAAACAAUCAUUAGUAAGUAUCAUUAUUUUCAUACGAAAGAAUCGUGUAUAUUAUAUGGGGUUCAAUAUGUAAAUCUGUUAUUUUAUAAACAUCACAUUAAUUUUAAUUUAGUUUGCCAAAAACGUAUGGCUAAGGCUACUUAGUGUCGGAUAACUUGCAACAGUUAUAUUCUCAGUUGCCAUUAAAAAUACUUAUUAAUAUAUUAUAUGAGGCGAUUAGUAAUAUCGAAGUAAACGUGUAAUGCUAGUAGUUGUAGAUUAAGAUAUUUAUUCUUAGGUAAUAUCAAAACCUUUAUAUCGGAUUCUACAGUGAUAUUAUUAUUUAACUCCCUUGUAUAUCUUGUUUGAUUGUGAUACGCUUGUUGCAAAUAAAACUUUUUUAAAUA